CAUUUGAGGCAAACCCCGCAGCUUGUGUAUGUGUGUUAAUUAUGCUGAUUGACGCAUGCGUACUGAACCAACUAUUAUUCAUUCGGACUAAAACAAUUUGUGGACCUUAAAACCUGGGUUUUACUUUCUCUUCCUUUUCCUUCUUUGCUGACACAUGGUUAAGCAGUGAAAGUAGUACUGAGCUUUAUCUCGCGAUGCAAACAUAUUUGAAAAUCUGCCUGUGCUUUUUUGUAGCUGAUAUUUUAUUGGAUGCACACACGGGAUCAUCAGCAUGUGCUGUGCUGGAACUAGUUGAUAAAAGAUCAUCUGUUGAUGCCUUUCAAGUCAAAGAAGACGUUUAUGUCAACAUCACCUUUGUGUUAAACACCACACAUUGCCAGAACAUCGAGGACUGUUUCAUAGUAAAAGUGUCAAUGGGCGACAAAGAUCGUCUUGUUCCCAUCUGUACGAUUGUCUUUAAUGGCACCUGCAAUGCCUCGGAUGGUUCAAAACAAUGUCAUUGUUGGAACCAAAGCCAGAAAUUAGUGACUGUGUACACAAGUGUCAACUCAACAGACAAAGUUUUCGGUCUAGAAAGGAUAGACUGCACGAAAAAAAUCAGAGUGAAAUCUUCCUUUAGUAUAAAUCGAUUUUUUAGAAAGGAAGAUGAGCUAGGAAUAACAGAGAUAAUUGCAAUAUGCUGCGGCGGGGUCAUCGUCCUUAUAUUAGCUGCUGUCAUCAUCAAAAAACGAAUUUGUGGAGCGCAAGGAGCCUACAACAUUGCAUCAUACAGAGAUCGGCGAGAAGUGCAUUCCUACGAGGUCAUCAGAGGUCGGGGUCACGGUCUGCAGGGUCACGCACAGACAAGGGGUCCGAGUGAUGGAGGUUCUCCUGAUGCCAACGAACCUCGCGGUUGCACAUCUGCCAGAGACUACCGGCCUCGUCAAACUGAACCACCAGACUCAGACAGUGACUACCUGGAACCAGUACUGCCCACUCGUAUAGUCCUGAAAAGUUUUAAAAUAGAGGUUGGACAACGGUUUUGGCAAGUCCCAUCAUGACACCAGGCCUUGUGGGACGUGUGGUGAAAGACUGGAAAUUACAAAUAGACGAUUCUCUUUUAAAGGAAACGAUUUGUUGUUUGUACGUUUUCUCAGAUAGUUUAUUCCCGACAUGGUACAUAAUAAUUCUAAAAAAG